AAAAUUGCUUGAGCUGGUCAGAGCAGUUGUGGAAAACAGCUAGAAGUGGCUCUUUCCCAGGUAUUUUAAAGAUGCUAAAGGCAGUUAAUACUAGUAAAACAUGUGCUGGGAAGUGACUGCCUAUAAAGAAAGGAUCUGAACAAAGGAAAAGUUACAGAAAGCAGUGUGGAGCAAAGAAGAUUAGUCAUUACACUGUGACCAUUUUUCUCUUCUUCGAUUUUUGGAACUGUGUUGGAACCUACAGGGUAAUUCACAUGGAUCUAGAAAUUAAGAUGAUGAUGAUGAUUCCUAGGUAAAGAAAUGCACAGCAGCACAAGUUUGCCAUGCCUUGGUGGAGGGCUUUGUGGAAUGCCCUGGAACAGCCACUGAGAAGCCAGGUUUAAAACCAAGGAGAAUUGACAGUCGUUUAACAGAGAAACUGGGGAAAAAACAAAAACAAGGAAGGUGAACACAAAUUCGUACCCAGGGAAUUGACUGUUUCCUUGUCGUUUUCUGUCAUGCCACAUGCCAGAUCCACGUAAGGCCUGCUCUGUGAUCUCUAGUGAAUUUGGGCAAGUGCACAGGAUGGCUUCAGCAAGGACAACCGAUCAACUGGUUUUCUUUGUGAACGGCAAAAAGGUGGUGGAAAAAAAUGUGGACCCAGAAACAACUUUACUGACCUACCUACGGAGAAAAUUGGGGCUACCUGGAACCAAGUUAGGCUGUGGAGAAGGUGGAUGUGGUGCUUGCACUGUUAUGAUAUCCAAGUUUGACAACUCCCAGAAGAAAAUCGUCCACUACUCUGUAAAUGCUUGUCUGUUCCCCAUCUGCGCAUUGCAUCACGUAGCAGUGACUACUGUCGAAGGCAUAGGGAGCACAAAGACAAGGUUGCAUCCCGUCCAGGAGAGAAUAGCAAAAAGCCAUGGAUCCCAGUGUGGCUUUUGCACUCCUGGCAUUGUCAUGUCCAUGUAUGCAUUACUUCGCAACAGACCUCAACCAAACAUGGAGGAGAUUGAAGAGAAUUUUCAAGGAAACUUGUGUCGCUGUACAGGAUACAGACCCAUUCUGCAGGGGUACAGGACAUUUGCUAAAGACUGGAGUUCCUGUGGGAAAGGAAUCAAUGGCCCAGGCUGCUGUAUGACUGGAAAGGAUGGAGGCUGUUGUGGUAGAAAAGUCAAGGACCCGGGCUGCUGCAUGAACGAGAAAAAAGACAAUGCAGCAAUGGUGUCCUCCAUCUUGUUCAACCCAGCUGAGUUCCAGCCUUUGGAUCCCACCCAGGAGCCUAUCUUCCCUCCAGAGUUGCUGACACAGAAAGACAAACCCCAGGAAAAGCUGUGCUUCAAAGGCGAGCGUGUGAUGUGGAUACGGCCCACGACACUCAAGGAGCUGCUGGCACUCAAGGCCCAGUACCCUGAUGCUAAGCUCGUUGUAGGGAACACAGAAGUUGGUAUUGAGAUGAGGUUAAAGAACAUGCUGUAUCCAGUGAUAAUAGCACCAGCUUGGAUCCCUGAAAUGACCUUUGUUCAGCACACAGAGGAGGGUAUUACCUUUGGUGCUGCCUGCACCCUGAGCUGUGUAGAAGUGGUGCUGAAAAAAGCUGUGGCUGAGCUUCCUUCCUACAAAACGGAAUUGUUCCAGGCUGUACUAGAACAGCUGCGGUGGUUUGCAGGCCCACAGAUCAAAAACGUUGCAGCUCUUGGGGGAAAUAUAAUGACUGCUAGUCCAAUUUCCGAUCUCAACCCUGUCUUUAUGGCAUGUGGCAGCAAAUUGACUUUGGUGUCAAAUGAGGGCAGAAGGACUAUAAGGAUGGAUGAAAAGUUCUUUACUGGUUACAGAAAGACAGUACUAAAGCCUAAGGAGAUAUUGCUUUCCAUUGAGAUGCCUUACUCUAGGAAGGAUGAGUAUUUCUCAGCCUUCAAGCAGGCUUCCCGUCGGGAGGAUGAUAUUGCUAUAGUGACCUGUGGAAUGAGAGUCUUGUUUCAAGAAGGUAGCAACCAAGUCCAGGAGAUUAAGUUGACCUAUGGAGGAAUGGCUCCCACAACCGUACUGGCAGAAAAAACUUGCCGGGAUCUUAUCAGCAGAGAGUGGAAUGAAAAUCUGCUGCAGGAAGCCUGCCGCCUGUUGGCAGAUGAGAUGAACCUGUCUCCUUCAGCUCCCGGUGGGAUGGUGGAGUUCCGACGCACGCUCACGCUCAGUUUCUUCUUUAAAUUUUAUCUGAUAGUGCUUCAGAAAUUAAACAAGCCAUCUAAUGAGAAUAAUAACCUUGAUGAGUUGGUCCCCUCCAAAUACGUGAGUGCCACUGAGGUGUUUCAUAAAGAUCCUGUUGCCAAUGUCCAACUCUUCCAAGAAGUGCCUGCAGGACAAUCUGUGGAAGAUAUGGUGGGACGGCCCAUGGUGCACCUUUCAGCAGCCAAACAGGCAUGUGGAGAGGCUGUCUAUUGUGAUGACAUACCUUGCUAUGAAAACGAACGCUACUUAACACUGGUCACCAGCACGAAAGCCCAUGCCAAAAUUAUUUCUAUAGAUAUAACUGAAGCCCAGAGUGUCCCUGGUUUUGUGUGUUUCGUCUCUGCUACAGAUAUUCCUGGGAGUAAUGUCACUGGGAUUGCUCAUGAUGAAUCUGUUUUUGCAGAUAACACAGUCACUUGUAUUGGCCAUAUCAUUGGUGGAGUGGUUGCAGACACACAUGAACAUUCCCGAAGAGCUGCUAAAGCUGUAAAGAUCGAAUAUGAAGUCCUCACACCUAUUGUCACCAUGCAGGAAGCUAUUGAGAAACAAUCCUUUUAUCAGUCUCCAAAGAAGAUUGAGAAAGGAAAUGUCCAGAAAGGAUUUGAAGAAUCCGAUUAUGUUGUGAAAGGGGAAAUAUACAUUGGUGGGCAGGAACACUUUUAUCUGGAGACUAACUGCGCCAUUGCCGUGCCUAAAGGUGAAGAUGGAGAGAUGGAACUGUUUGUGUCCACCCAGAAUACUACCAAGACACAGGAGUGUGUUGCUAGUGCAUUAGGGGUCCCAGCGAAUCGAAUUUUAGUUCGAGUGAAGAGAAUGGGAGGAGGGUUUGGAGGCAAGGAGUCCAGAAGUACUCUUGUGUCAACAGCAGUAGCUGUGGCUGCAUUCAAGACUGGUCACCCCGUACGAUGCAUGCUGGAUCGAGAUGAGGAUAUGCUGAUUACUGGUGGGAGACACUCCUUUUUGGGAAUCUAUAAGGUCGGCUUCAUGAAGAAUGGUAAAAUCAAUAGUUUGAAGGUGUCAUACUACAGCAACGGGGGCAACUCUGAAGACCUUUCUGUGCCCGUGAUGGACAGAGCUUUGUUUCACCUGGAUAACUCUUACAACAUUCCCAACGUCAAAGGUGUGGGUACAGUUUGCAAGACUAACGUGCCCGCCAACACAGCACUUCGUGGCUUUGGAGGUCCCCAGGGAAUGAUGGUCACUGAGUGCUGGAUGAGUGACGUUAUCCUGACGUGUGGUCUGCCAGCAGAGCAGGUGCGAAAGCUGAAUCUUUACAAUGAAGGAGACCUGACCCAUUUUAACCAAAAGCUUGAAGAGUUCACUUUGCGGAGAUGCUGGGAAGAGUGUCUAAUGAACUCAGAUUAUUACCACAGAAGGAAAAUCAUUGAUGAAUUCAAUAGACAAAAUCGCUGGAAGAAGAGGGGGAUAGCCAUUAUUCCUACGAAGUUUGGGAUCAGCUUCACUCUUUCAUUUUUGAAUCAGGCUGGGGCUCUGGUACAUGUGUAUACAGAUGGUUCAGUGCUGCUUACACAUGGUGGGGCUGAGAUGGGUCAAGGACUUCACACCAAGAUGAUCCAGGUUGCCAGCAAAACUCUGGGAAUCCCAACCACCAGCAUUCACAUCAGUGAGACCAGCACUAAUACAGUUCCAAAUACCUCUGCAACAGCCGCUUCUGUCAGCGCAGACAUCAAUGGGAUGGCUGUCCUUAAAGCGUGUCAGACUAUUUUAGAAAGGCUAGAGACAUUCAAACGUUCAAACCCCAAAGGCUCCUGGAAGGACUGGGUGGGAGCAGCCUAUGUUAACUGUGUUAGCCUGUCAGCCACAGGAUUUUAUAGUGUUCCUGGCAUUGGGUAUGACUUUGAGAAAAAAGAAGGAAGUCCUUUCAAUUACUUCUCUUAUGGGGUUGCUUGCUCCGAGGUUGAGAUAGACUGCCUGACAGGUGACCACAAGAACCUUCGCACGGACAUAGUAAUGGAUGUUGGCACCAGCCUGAACCCAGCCAUAGAUAUAGGACAGGUAGAGGGAGGAUUUAUCCAAGGCCUUGGGCUCUUUACUCUGGAGGAGUUGCGCUAUUCCCCUGAAGGAGACUUGUAUACCCGAGGGCCUGGAAUGUACAAGAUCCCAGCGUUUGGAGACAUUCCCACAGAGUUCAAUGUCUCUCUUCUCCGGGACUGUCCAAACAGCAAAGCAAUUUAUUCAUCCAAGGCUGUUGGUGAGCCUCCCCUGUUCCUGUCUGCCUCUGUGUUUUAUGCCAUUAAAGAUGCCAUCUUCGCUGCAAGGACAGAAUCUGGCAUGACAGGGCCAUUCAGACUAGACAGCCCUGCCACCCCGGAGAGGAUCCGCAAUGCCUGCGUCGACAUGUUCACCAAAUUGUGUCCAUCUGCCAAAUCCGGGACCUUUAAGCCAUGGUCUGUGAGGGUAUAAACGGGAAGUUUAAGGAACAAGGUCUGUUCAUGAAGCUGGUUUUACCCCAGGGGAC